AUGAUACAACCACCACCUCCCCCUAAUUACCUUCCUCAAUAUCCUCCUCCUCCUCCUCCUCCUCCUCCGUCUGCUAUCAAUUAUCCAGUAUUUCAUCCUUCUGCAACCCUCCAUACACCACCAGAGAAGAUUGCCUUAUUGACUCAAGAAAUUUACCCCAAGAUUCAGUGCAAACGCUAUUCAACACUGGCUAUAGACCCCCGACGCAAUUUCUUGACAGUUUAUGAGUACGAGAUAUGCGGCCACUGGGUUAUUUGGGAUUUUGAAACCGGCUACAUCCAUCUCACAGGUAUAUGGAAAGCUGCGUUGGAAUCGCAAGCUAGGCUCGGAAAUAAUGGCUUACUAACGACUUUGGAGAGAGCUUCGGGAAGAUUAAGAGCAGCAACUCCUUCUAGUUCCCGCAUUAAGGCUGAUAUCUUUAAGUUGUUAGAGUCAACUCCAAAAGAGUAUCAACCAUUGAUCAAACGCAUUAGAGGAGGCUUCUUAAAGAUUCAGGGUACUUGGUUACCUUAUGAACUCUGUAAAGUUCUCUGCAGCAGGUUCUGCUGGAACAUUCGCUUUGAAUUGAUCCCAUUAUUUGGUUCGGACUUUCCUUCAAGGUGUUUGAAUCCUUCCUGCGAAGGCUAUGGCGAACUUAGACUUGACAUCAACAGAUCAUUAUUGCCUCCACCUCCUCGAUACCAUGCAUCACUUGAUAUGCCACCAUGCAAAUUACCUCAGUACUUCCAUAUGGUAAAUUCUAAAUCGUCUACUUGUCAAAGUAGUGCCAACCACCCUCAUAUGAAUACCAAAGGGAAUUUUAAUAUCUAUUCAUUUCAGGAAACGUCAAUAACGCCUUCUUCACCCCUUUUAUAUGAUACUAAUGAUCCACAAAUUAAUCAGCAUUCAUUCAAUUCUAUUCUUCCCAAGACUAAGAGUCCAAAGCAAUCAAGGGUUGCAAAGAAGAGAUCAAAUAAUAAUGAUAAAAAAGCUAAGAAGCCUCCUCCACCCACUACCUCAUUGGUUACUUCACCAUUGAAACCAAGGUUUACUCCCGUCAACAAUAACUUCAAUGGAGAUAUGCAAUGGGACGCUUCUACGUUGUCGUCAAAUGAGAUAGUUGAUAUUUUGAAUGCUUCAAGAUGUUUGCAACUUCUUAGCAAGGGAAUCUAUGAUUACACACCUUCUGUAGUCGAAUCAGCAAGACACGGCUCUCUUGAAACAACUCCAAGUCAGUUCCACCCAAAGCAGAUGACACAAGUAUUAAAGGAGAAUUACAAUUUCAACUAUUCAACAACUCCAGCUUACCUGGGAACAUCACUUUUAACUCAAGCCAGUACUUGCACGGAUCAUUAUAUCCCUGCUACCCAUAAGACAGAAGGUGUCAAUAGGUCUUAUAAAAGCAGUGUGUCCAAUCCAUUAAUGGCAACUGAAACUAGACCUGUUUCAAUGAACGAAACAGAGCUUGAUGAUUUAUACUUUGAAUCAUCGUUCAAGGAUGAUGGAGAUGCUAUCCCACAGCCACCACAGCCAGCUUUGGCAUUACCAAUUUCCACUAAUAUGGAAAACUUAGGUAAAAGAAUUACUAGUUUCAACAAUAUGACGCGGAACUUGUUAAAACUAGGAAAUAAUGAACAGGAAGAAGUUAAUGGUGGAGAGAGCGAUAUAAGGGAUCAAGAUACGCUUGCUAAGAAGUAUGCUCAAAUGUCCAUCAGCUUUCUUAAAGCUGAAGAUGAAUCUUCAACUCUGACUCAAGAAAAAGGACUUGGUGCGUCUCAGAUAGAAUCAUCAACAACAAAAGAUACGACAACCAAGACUAAGGAAAAGAGAGCACGCAGUAGUAGCAUAGUAGAACAAACGCUUUCGGCAAGACUUUCUCGAGUGCUUAAUACAACGGUUUCUGAUUCUACUAUUCGGACAAUUUUCAGUGAAUUGGAACUGAAAUAUGCCAAUUAUGAUGAAUUGAUAGAUCCUGGUUUACUUGGCUCAAUUUCAAGAAAGAGAUUACUUAGUGACAUUGAAAUGGAUCUAAUAAGAGCACAUUCAUCAUCCAUUAAAGAGUAUCUGCCUUUGAUAAAACAAUUGAAUGCAUUAUCAGGGAAGAUCAAACAAUUGAAUGAAACCCAUGAAAACAUUGUUAGCAGAUUGACGUCCAAAUCAGAUAUUUCAACCAAAUCAUCAUCAGAUAUAUAUAGAUUGAAACAUCAGAGACUCGUUAUAAACUUGAAGAAGAAUAUUUUGAUGCAAUUUAAAGCCAAGUUUACUCUAAAUGAAUAUGAAGAGUUUAGCCUUUUAGAAGGGGAAAUCAAUGAUGACUUUUUUGUUGCACUAGCUAAAGCUGAAAAGAUUCAAGAUGAAUGUUCAAUUCUUUUAUCAAUCGAUAACCCUCAAUUAGGUCUUAAGAUAAUGAAUCAAAUCACAGAUACUAUCAACAAAGCAGUCAAUCGAGUUAUACAAUACGUCAAUAAAUCAUUGGAGAAUUAUUAUUCGUUGAACACAAGACUUGAAAUCUUCCACAAAUGUUUGGCAUAUUUGGAAGAUGAUGAUAAAGAAAAGUCAACAAAUUUCAAUGUGAUAAUUAAUAAUUUCACCAACACUCGAGCAAAGCAACUAGUUGAUGAAUUUUACAAUCAAAUAUCUGACAAUGGCCCAGAUCUGAUUCAUGGAGGCGAAGCUUUCAUUUCACAACAUGAUCCAGUUAGAUUUGUUGGUGAUUUACUUGCAUAUAUUCAUUCGGUAGUGGUCAAUGAAUUUGAAAUAAUUGAAAACAUAUUCACUGAAAAGGAAAGUAGUGAAGUUACUACCAAGAUUUUAAAUGCAUUAGCCAAACCUUUAAAACUGAAAGUGGAUCAAGUGAUUACCAGCCAAACAAAAAUAAAUAUCACCAAUCAAAUCUUCAAUUUACUCAGCUUGUAUCAAAUCAUGUUUAGUAAACAUUUGAAUCCUGAACAAAGUGAAUUGGUUCAAUGUUUAGGAGCAAUGGUGAAAUCUACACAGGAUUCAGUAACAACGACAAUAAGAAGUAAAUUGGCAACCAUCAAGAGUAGUAACCAGGCCAAACUUGAUGUUAACCUUGAUCUUCAACCUCCCUAUUGGAUAAUGGAAUUUUUGGCGGAAGUUUUACCAAUUUUGGAUCAACCAACAACCGCAGAUACAAUUCUUGAUUUCAAUAAAGAAGAAAACGCAAACUUUUUACAUCUCAUUAUAAAUGAACCUAUUGAAAUAUUUGAGAGCCAUAUCCAAGAGAAUUCCAAAGUUUUUGACAAGAAGCUGCAAAUUUUAAUUUUAAAAACAAAUUUCUUAGAUUUAAUCCUUUCCAAGAUUUUACCCUUGUCUUUAUUGAAUGACAAAGUUCUUGAAUUGAAUGAAAGCAUGCAUGAUUUGAUUUCACAACUAUCACAAUGCUUUUUCGAUUCAAUGGUAUCAGAAUCUGGCUUGUUUGACUAUUACAAUCUUGUGAAUAUGAUUUGUCCAUUAAACGAUGAGUUCUUUGAAGUUUCGAUUUAUCAACCUAUCGUGGAAAAUGUCAAAUUUGACAGCGAGCGAUUAAAUCAGUCUGGUAUGGUUCUUCGAGAAUACUUACCAAAUGCGUUGAUAGAAAUACAAUCCGCAUUGCUCCGCUUGAAUUCUCCGUUAACGGCAUCAGAUAUCACAACUGAAGCAUUCUUGAAUUACACAAAGUUCUAUAGUAAGUUGAUUCAAAUAAUAGGUGAGUAUGCACCUGAAGUUGAUUUUGGUUGGACUGAUGAGGAAGUUGCCACCAUGCUUGGUAUUGAGAAGGAAUAUGCUGAAUACUUGGUCGGCCUACUGAAACCACAUUUGCCAGAGUAA